AUGUAUCGUUCUAGAAUACUUAACAGAUGUAUGGAAAAUCUUCCCCAAAUAUGUGUAGAUACUUCUGAUACUUUUUCAACAACUCAAAGAUUUGGUACACGAGAAGAGAUGAUAAGAUGGAUUAAAGAGGUUGAAAUCCGAAAUAAAGUGGGAAAUACAAGGAUACUGAUAGUGGAAUCCAAAGUGCGGCCAAAAAAAUGUGGAUAUCCAUUUAAAAUCAGGUCGACUUUGGAAAAAGAUGGGUCUGGCUGGAAGGUUGAUGUAAAAUGUGGAGCCCAUAACCAUGGUUUACCUGAUAGAUUAGAAGGUAACUCCUUUGUUGGUAGGUUGACCAUGAAUGAGAAGCAGCAUGUCGUUGAUUUGACAAAGAGACAUGUUCCACCUAGACACAUAUUACUUUCCUUGCAAGACCGAGAGCCAAAGAAUGUCAUUCGGAUCACGCAAAUAUACAAGUAUAAGAUUGUGAUAAAAAAAGAUAUAAGAGGUCCUAGAAGUGAGAUAAAACAUUUGUUUAAGCUUAUUGAGGACGCGGACUAUGUGUAUUGGAUUAUGAACAACACCUACAAGACAAAUAAAUAUAGACAACCUCUGUUUGAAAUUGUUGGCAUGACAUCAACCGAGUUAACUUUUGUUGUCGCAUUUGCGUAUAUGGAGUCUGAGCAGACAGAGAAUUUUUGUUGGGUGUUGGAUAAGCUUAAACAAUUAUUUCACAUUAACAAAAAUGUUGGUGCAAAAUGCAAGCAAUAUGUGGUGAAUGACAUGCAAAAGACGAUCGACAUAUUAUGGGUGGAAGUUGUUUGGGCUAGUGAUGAAGUUGAGUAUGAUCAAUGA